AUGUCAAAUCAAAGAACCUUGCAGUAUGGUAUUGCGGCGGCAUUAGGUGGAGACGAAAAUACACUCAAUAUCCAACAUACGAGCGGUAGUAUAUCCGCUCCUCAUCUUCCCUUCCCUCCAACUGACCAGGCUUUGAAUUUGGCCUUGAAUUCAUUACGCUCGAACAAGGGAAACUUUCCCAUAAAUGCAUUUAUCAUUUAUCGGGAACUAUUUCUAGAAUACUUAAAAUCUAAAUCUCAAGGAGUACAAUUCUCUGACCCAUCAUCUGUAAUAUUGGAUGCUUGGUCAAAAGAACCUACAAAUGUCAAAAACUUUUAUUCAGGGCUGUUAUGUUCUAAUGCCUUGAAUGAGACUUCUCAGACGGUGUUUGACUCCGUCAUGUCUCCGAUAGAACAUCCAAAUUCGGUGUCCUUUUCUGUUCAAGAUGAAAAUGGUUAUGAUUUUGACUUAUUUAACUCUGGUAGCUCUGAAUCAAUUGGUGGUCCUCCUACUCCAAUGUCAAUUACUAAUAGCCCUUUUGACUCAUCUAACAUUCCGAGUUCGGAAAAUAAUGCCAAUGGGCGCUUGUUUUUCCCGGCUCUUGCUCAUAUCCAACGAAGGCCAUCACGUGGGGUGAACGAAGUUGAACAAAGUUGA